AUGGUCGCUGUAGGGAUCAAAGUACGCAACCCAAGUGGAAAGUGGCCUUUGCCACUUUGGAUGAGGCUAGCCAGCCUGGCCACUCGGCAAAAGGCAAGGCAAGCCUCUGUUAGUCUGCAAAGCAAGCAAGCGAGGGCAGGAGUGCUGCCAGUCGGCAAAGCUGAGAGGCGAGGGCAGGAGGGCUCCCAGACGGCAAAGCCAAGAGGCAAGGUCAGGAGGGUUACGAGUCGACAAAGCCAGCAAGGUAAGGCCAGGACGGCUACCAGUCGGCAGGUAGCUGGGCUCGCCUCCGCCAGUCGGCAGGUCCCUGGCUAG